AUGACCUCUCAGAUUUUCUAUCUGGAGGGCCAAUCCAUCAAUACAAAGAACGUCACCCAGCUGUAUCACCUUCGCCCCACAGUGCACCGCGUGGAACUUGAAUCGGAUUCAUUCCGACAUACCAUUCCGCCAUCAGUGACGACAGGAAUAACCAUUCCUCAGCUCUAUGGCCAAGGUGCUUUCAAUGGGAUCCCUGCGCUUAUUCUUUCCGAUCUUGGUGGGACCACUCUUUUUGACCUGGGUCUAAACAGGUCCCAGAUUGAUGACAGAAUGUUGGAAAAUGAGCUUUACGAAGCUGUCAAAUCGUUGUAUGACCACGGAGUCGAAUACUGGGACGAGAAGCUGGAUAACUAUCUCUUUUGCGAGGAUGGCAAAGUGAGGAUUGUCGAUCUCGAGCUUGUUGAAUUUCCUAAUCCUGAUGAACGUCUCCCUUGGCCAAAAAGCUGUGGCUUGGGCAGUGUGUAUAGUCUGAUGAGAGAAUUCAAAAAUAAAAGAGAUCGACCAACGGAGGCCGAAUACUACGCGAUGUGGAGAAAAGAUAUCGAUGACGAGGCCAAAAGACGCCUAGAGACCCCGUCUACAGGCUCGAUAAGAGAGAAAAUGUGGGGCGUUGGGCCGAUUAAACCUGUGAGUCCGAUUUACAUUGGAGCCGAGUGCUUGCAGGCAUUUGGGGAAACUGGCUUUGGAGGGGAGGCCUGGAAAUAA